GUUUAAAAUACAGAAAGUGACGUUUGACGACGACCUAACGCUUUUACGCGUUGGCUAAUAAACAACACUUUCGAAGAUGAUUUUGCAACGCAUUUGAACGUUAGCUAAUUCAAAUUAGCAGAGUGUUUUAUUUAUUUGUUCAGCUAACGCAUCAUAAAGAUUUAAAACAAUGUAGAAUGCGAAAACGGGUAUAUUUGUUCUGCUAUGAAGUUUCUGGUGCUAGCUAGCUAGCUUAGCACAACAACUGAAUGGCCUUUGUUUCAUGGGUGUUUUUCAGCCAGACCAGCGAACUAAUCUUUUCGCCUGGCAACAUCCCUGGAUUUUCUAAAGAUGAAGAGAAAGGUGUCUCGAUUACGGUUAAGUCCAAAUGAAGAAGCGCAACUCAUUCGAGAGGAACACGAAAGGAGAAGGAAGCUGCGAAUAGAACAGGUGCGGGAACAGGAGCGGUAUAUCGCCCUGCAAAUCCGCACGGAAGUUCGGCAGCGACUGGAGCGCGAGCUGCAGAACCUGGCGCAGGAGUUGAAGGAGGAGUGGGAGCGACAGCACAGGGAGAAACAGGAGACCCUGCAAAAGUUAUAUCAGGACAAUCUCCGAGUUUUGGGAGAGGGACAUAGAAAUGCCAAAGAAAAUAAGCCUGACUGUGAGGCAAUUGCACAGAAAAAUGAGGAGAAUAACGUUCGGGCAGAUGAGCGCUAUCGAGACGCCAUCAAAGAGCUCAAAUCACAGAGACAGAAAGAAAAGGAGGAACAAAAUCGUUUUGAGGCUAGGAAGAAGGCCAUACAAGUGGAGAAGGAGAGGGCAGCAAAAGUGGCCAACCUCCCAUCCCUUCCACCCAACCCAAUUGAGAAUAUUGAGUCAAGGAAGCUACCUGGAGUGAAGAAAUCGGACGUGGAUGCCUUCUCUGUGACCCACUAUCACAUGCCAGAGACUGCAGUGGACAGGGAAGUCGACACAGCACAGCCAAAGGCAUGGGAGGAGGUGCGGCGCCUGCAGGAGCUAGGACAGGAGGAGCAGAGGGAGAGACAGGAGCAGCUGGAGAAAGCUCGUCUUAGGGGCAACCACGCACUGAGGAGGGAACGGCUCACACAGGACCGAGAGCGUCUCCUGGUGGACCUGGAACACAUGCAUCAGACAGACCUGUUGAGGCGCAGGCAGGUGAUGACUCAGAUGCCUGCCCAGAUCUUCCAGCCGCUCUACAAGAGACAGGAGAUGAGGGAGGACUGGCAGAGGGACAUGGAGUUCACUUUUGAGGAUAUGUACACUGGAGAGAGGAGAGUGAAAGGUGCCCUGGUGCUGCAGCUGGUCCCAGAGCCUCUCGCAGCUGUGUCCACUGGCAGCCAGGAUGAAGACCGAGACCUGACCCUGGAGGAGGCCACUCCUGACCUUACACCCUUGGCUGGGGCAGAGGAACAACAGGAUGAAGAACCAUCCAGGCCUCUAGGUGGUGCUCCCAGACAGGCCUUGAAGAAACUAUUGACCAGCGUCAGGUCACAGAGACACCAGUGGGGCUACCGGAGGCUGGUUGACCCCACGUCUGACUGCCAAACUAUUCAGACAGCAGAGCGCGACACGGCCUCAGGUGGUACGACCAUUGAGUCAGGCUCUCUGGCCAGCGAAAAGCGGGGCCGACCGUUGACCACUAGUCCCAGACUCCCUGACCCCUCUCAGCCAGCCCAAGCUAUAGAGACAACAGAGGAGUACAUAGUAGCUGGUACCCUGCUCCAUCCUGAUUAACAAGCCAUCAAGAUCCACACAUUUGAAACCGAGAGGAAGAGAAGGGAGGAGGAGCUGGAGAGGCAGGAGCAGAUAGCUCUGCUACAGGAUUUAGGGGAGAAGAACAGCAGGCCGGAGCUGCUGCUACUACAGGAGGCCCAGGAAGAGAGAGGGCAGCUACAGACGGCCAUGACCCAAGACACUGCUGCUGCUGCAUCUGGAACACCGAAAACACCAGCCCUGCUGCUCCAUCUCCUGAUUCUACUAUACACUCAGCUGCUGAGGAUGACCACUCCAGGAGAAUCAGAGAGUAUCAGCAGUGUCUCUUAGACCAGAACAGCCUUCAUAAGCAGUCAGUGGAAGAGACUCGCCGGCGUCUGGAAGAGUACCAACACACGCUAAGAAACUGCUAUUCUGGUAUAACUACGUCAACAUGUCUCCCUCCUGGUACCACAGCCUGUCCUCUACCACACUUUAAAGGAGGAAUCAUUCCCCCGGUAGUGCCACUAGAACUCCCCUCUGGCUCUGCCCUUCUCCCCUGUCUCCCUGUAGCACUUAGUACCCACUCUAGAGCUCACACCCCUCUGGACCUCCCCACAUGGGAGCCCUCCAUCUUGGCUCAAACUCUUCCUUCCUGGCGCAACAGUCUGCUCGCAUAUCAACUCCAGGGCCUCACCAGUGCAGCUAGAACCCACCGCUAAAAGCCUGAGAGACCAAAGAGCAGGUGUUUCUGCUUGGCUGGCGGACAAUGUGUUUAGUAUUGUCACAGAGGACCUCCCUGAGAGGCUACCUGCCCCCUCUACCUCGUUGGACCCCCAGUCCUACAGACCACAUCCUGUUUCCCUCCACUCUACACAUCCCACUCCCAUCAAAAACGGACUCCAUCCCAGCCAUCAGCCCAACCCUUUCAGAAGAGUCAGCUACUCUCCCUGGGGAGGCCCCGGUGAAGCCUGGGCCUGUCCUGCGGGCCUCAGCCAGGUCUGGGGAAGAGGUGGAGAGGCAGAGGCAGGAGAUACGUGAGGCCCAGAGGGAGCAGGAGGAAGAACGGAGAUGGCUGGAGGAAGAGCAGAGGAGGAGACAGAGGGAGGCAUUACAGGCACUGCUCACUGCUGAUGAGACACAGGUCCAGAAGGGAGUGUGAGGCUGUCUCGUAUUGAAAGGGCAUUCCCAGAAGAACAGGACCACUCGGCCCACUCUGAGAGAGGUCACUCCAGCACCUCUGUGUUCAGUGUAGGGGAACACACAGCUGGGAGUGAGACAUUAACCGGGUCUGGUAGAUCGAGCAAGCUAUGCUGGAGAGAGAGAUUACGGCUGGAGGCUGGUGCCUCUCCUGAACCUGUUGGAGAGCCUGUCCUUCCAGUCAGCUGGUAGACCCUCAGAACCAGACUACCUGUCCUCCACCACCAUCUCUUCUGCCAGCUUCGCCACCACUGACCCUGAACACACCUCCACCAAAAUAGACUCUUCCCUGCUCUUGGCUGGGUUUGGAAGAGG